GAUUCUGGAGUGAAACGUUGCAGUAUCCCUCCUCCAUGGACAGUCCAUGGGCAGCUUGGAAAAUUGGGUAAAGUUUUGGGUUUUUGUGUAGCUGGCAGCCCCUCUGUCAGUCCACUUUCUCUGCCCAGCUGUGGUGUGCCCAGUCAUAAAGUCCAUGACGGUUGCUGACGGUAACGCUUUAGCGCUCAUCAUGCCUGUCCGAGCAGAGUGUUGCAGUAUCCCCGGCUCGGCCUGCACAUCCUCGGCCUCCCUUGUUCCCCCUGCCCCGAUCAACACCUCCCAGCCAGGGGUGGCCACGUCGCUGCUGUUCAGCGGCUCACAGUUUCGGGGCUUUCAGAAAAGCAAAGGCAACUCCUACGCCGUUGAGGUUGUUUUGCAGCAUGUGACUGUGGAGGACUCAUAUUUGUGUGGAUACCUGAAGAUCAAAGGGCUGACUGAGGAGUAUCCCACUCUCACAACGUUUUUUGCUGGUGAAAUUAUCAGUCGGAAAAGGCCUUUUUUAACUAGAAAGUGGGACGCUGAUGAAGACGUGGACAGAAAGCACUGGGGCAAGUUCCAGCCUUUUUAUAAGUAUGCCAAAAGCUUCAACUCGGACGACUUUGACUAUGAGUCGCUGGGCAACAGUGAUUAUGUCUUCAUGAGGUGGAAGGAGCAGUUUCUAGUUCCAGACCACACUAUCAAAGACAUUAGCGGUGCCUCAUUCGCUGGCUUCUAUUACAUCUGUUUCCAGAAGUCCACGGCCACUAUCGAGGGGUAUUAUUACCAUAGGAGCUCAGAAUGGUAUCAGUCACUAAACCUAAACCAUGUUCCAGCGAACAGUAUGCCUAUUUAUGAGUUUCGGUGUUCCCGCAUGGAGUCCCAGCGGUAUCCCAUCAGCGUCCGUUUAAUUGGAGUGAUGCACAAAGAGAAGAGCAAAAUGUACAUGACCUCCGUGCUUUGGUCAGACCAGAGUGACAUUGUAGUUUACAGGACUUAUCCGGAAUUUAAUAAAAUGCAUAAACAAAUGAAGAAAGCAUUCCCACCUGCAAGUAAAAUAAAAAAAUCCGACAGAAUCAUCCCCAAAUUUCGAUACGGAAGGGUGAGAAAGGGCGGCCGGAGGAAAGGUCCCACCAGGUCUCUGCUGCGCCUCAAGUUUCUGCAGAAAUAUUGUAAUGAACUUCUGAGCUGCGACCCGAGGGUCUGCCAGUGUGCAGAUCUGAUCCAGUUCUUCCACCCCAAAGACCAGGACCUGCAGCCGGAGUUUGCCAAGAACAGCAUCAUGAUCAUGCCAGCAGAGGAUGAAAUGAUCAGUGAUGCAGGACCAGGACACGGCGGAGGGAAUGUGACCCAGCCGUUCGUCACAGAGACGUACAGAUGUGUGGCGCCGUAUGAGACCAAAGACACCAAGAACAAGCCUUUCAAAGUGGCGCUGGACGAAAAAGUAGAUGUUCUCAUCAAAGACAAAGCAGGGUGGUGGCUUGUGGAGAAUGAAAGCAAGAAGAUGGCCUGGUUCCCUGCCCCCUACCUGGAUAAGCUGGAGGAUGACGAUGAGGUUGAGGAUGAAGAUGACAUAGAUGGGACUUCUGAAAGAGGAAUGCUAUACAAUGCAAUCAAGAACUACAAGGCCACCAAAGACGACGAGAUAACCGUUGCCAUCGGUGCUGUGGUGGAAGUCCUGCAGAAGUCCGACAACGGCUGGUGGCUCGUCAGAUAUAGUGGUAAAGCAGGCUACAUCCCCGCCAUGUUCUUGAAGCCUUACAAAUACCCUCAUAUCCGCAUGACAGCCACCAAUAAAGAUCGUCGCAACUCUUCCCCAAACCAACUUAUGCCGUCCCUGGAUCAGCAGUCCAACCAUCUUAGCCUCUCUCAGAGCAACUUGCUGCAACUUCCUGUCAGAUCUUCCACACCCAAGCUGCUCAAAUCACCCCUACUACAGCAGAGAUCAAAAUCUGUUGAUAUCCAGCCUUAUCAUCCUCCUGUUCCGUCUGCAGCAAGCAUUACUUCUUCCACCGACGUUGACACCUCUCCCACGACCUCAAAUCCCUUCCCUCUGCCCAGAAUCAAGGUGGAGAUGGAUGGAGAAGAUGAGCCGCGUCGCAUGAGCCUGCGGGCCGACAGCGAGGGGAGUCUCUUGAGCAACAGCAGCAGCUUAAGCGAUGACCUCAACAGUCCCUGGGCGAGCUCCUCGUCCAUCAACCUGAGCCAAAGCUACAACGAAGAGCAGCUGCGUCUCAGCCGUACGCCUCCCCCUGUGUUGAGCAACCGCCUAAGCCCGACAAGCGGCCUAGAGGGGAAUAUGGCCCCAAGUGUCUCUGAUCCAAACCUCUACAAGGGUCCGACAACACCUAAGGUGCCCCCCAGACCGCGGGCCCAGGAGAUCCUCACCCGCUGUACCACUGUCACCCGCAAGAACGCUACCAAAGGCGGCCUGUCGUCCACACAGACUGAGAUAAUAGGUCGAUGAAGUGUGUGUUAUCUUUAUUUGAAUAAUUAGGAACUUUUAAUUUCUGCAACUAAAACUCCCCAGUAAAGUGAGCAUGUGAAUGUAACUGGCAUUGCAUCAGUUGUAUUAAAGUGACUGUGGGAACAUUUUGUAGAAGUCGUGCCAACAUUUUGUUUUUCAUUUUUCUUCCUGAUGAGGUUGUUUUCAUUGGCCUAUUACCUGUCAAACAGUCUUGUUGUUGUGAUUGUCAUGAACGUUGAAGAGAAGAUUGUUUACAUGUUCACACAAUGUACAAAGGUAUUCAGCAAGGAGUAAAAUGAUUCCUCUGUAAACUUGGUGGUUUUGUGCACUGAUAGAAACGGAUGUGUUUUUGUGUCUGCAGCAAAAGUAAAUAUGUAUCUGAACAGUAUGUGGGCAUUCUGUUUCCUGUCAAGCAGAUUUACAGCAAAAUUAACUUGUAUAUAAUGAUAGGUUGUGGUUUAAUAAUACAGAAUAUACUGACCAUGUAAAUCCUGAGUGUAUUUACAUGUUACAAAAAAAACUGAAUGAUAUUUUUUUGGGGUAAACUGGAAAUGUCUUGCUUUAAGAUUUUGUUACAGCUGUAUAACUCUCUGUCAGUCCGUCCACAAAACUUUUCUCAGCCUUUGAUUCAGUUUUUUUUCCCUCGGAGACUGACAUUUGGCAUGUAGGUCAAAUGUUUGGGAGGUUGAGUGUGAAUGCCGCCUCAGAUUUUUGCAAAUGUGGACAUUAUGCCUUUUGGGUCGACAACAACCGACGCAUUAUGUUGAAGGUUUAUGCGUCUGAUUCUCAUGGAAGAAAUAUCUCAAGAAGACGGCACAAAUGUCCCCAUGGACUCAAGGAUGAACUGAUUUAUCUUUUGGAGGGGUCCAGGAUCAAAGUCUCUGUGACGGUUCAGAAAACGUCCAAGUUUAUUUCUCCAAGUUAACAGCUGACAAGUCAAAAGCAGAGAGAUUGAUCGAUGUUUCUUACAAUAUCAUUUAUAUACAUAGUCCUCAUUAUUCUGUUAGUAGCUGCAGGUAUUACAGUAAACAUUAGAUCCUGUGAAGUUCUGAAUCAUGCUUAUAAGUCUGGAAUCAAGUCUCAUCACCUUUGUUCUAAUAAUAACUUUCUUUGGGUGCUUCAUUAAUCCUUAAGAAAAAAAGCUCUAUGAUGUUCACCACCUGAGUUAAGCUCCAAUAAAAGCACAACCUCAAAACAUCCAA